CACCAGCCCUAGCUCCAGCCUCAUCGGCGGGUCCGCCCCCAACGCCUGGCAUGAGUGCCACGCCCCCUAAGGCCAUACCCGGGCUCUCGCCAUCGCCGUGGCCGCAGUCGCCAGCUCCGCCGCCGCACCCGUCGCCGGCAGCGCAGCCACCCGCCGCAGCGAGCACUCCACCCGUGCCACUGCUACAGCCGCAGCCGCCACCCGUAUCCGGGUCCAUGCCGCCCACGGCCGCAGGCUCAUCGCCACCGCCUGUCGGGCUCCCAAAGCCGCCGCCGCAGCCGGCUGCAGUGCCAGGCGACGUAGGCGCGGUCCCAACGCCGCUGCUGCUGCUGCUGCCACCGUCGCGUCCUGCGCCAACCCCGAGUUUGGUGGCCGGCACCAGCAGCAACGGCACGACGGCACCUGCGGCAACAAACAGCAGCAGCCCAGCCGGACUGGCGCCGGGGAGCAGCAGUAGCAAUACCAGUGGCAGUACCACAAGCAGUGUCAUCCCGCCAGUGGCACGCGCGCCGCCGCCAUUACCCCUCCUCAGGCCCCCGCCACCAGUGGCUUCCCCGCCUGACACGGAGUCUGAGCCAGAGCCGCCGCCGCCGCCGCCACGGCACCAUCGGGGGAAGGCGCGGCAGCGGCGGAAACGCCCGCCACCCCGGCCGCCCAAGCCGCCCAAGCCGGCGCCGGGCCAGCUAUCCAGGCCCUCAACGGAGCAGUCGCAGGAUGUUGAGCUGCCGCUAGCAACCAUUGAGGCGCGGCCACCGCGGCCGUCGCCGCCGCCGUUUCGUGCGCCGCGGGCGCCGCCGUUCCCGCCGUCACCGAAGCCGCCGCGGCCGCCGCCACGCCCCCCGGCUCCCCCGCGCACGGACGGGCGGCCAAACUUCGUCUUCAUACUUACGGAUGACUUGGAUGACGUGUACAAUAGCUCGUCGGCUCGCUUCAUGCCCGUGCUUAACCGGCUGAUUGGGGAUGUGGGCACGCGCUUGUCCAACUUCAUUGUGUCCACGGGUGUGUGCUGCCCGUCGCGGACAUCCAUUCUUACCGGCAAGCUGGCGCACUGCCACAACGUGACGAGCAACUACUUUCCUGAGGGCAGCUUCACAAAGUUUUACGACGAAAACCUGGAAGACAACUGGCUGCCGGGCUGGCUCCAGUCGGCCGGCUACUUCACGGGCCUGUCGGGAAAGUUCCUGAACCAGUACUUCGAGACGUCGGCCAGGAAAGGUUACGUGCCCAAGGGCUGGGACGCAUUCGAUGCGCUGACAAUAAAUGCCUACAACCUGACCAACAGCUGUUUCUCACUCAACGGCGCCGCCAGCACUUGCUUCCCCGGAGAGUACCAAACCGACCUCAUCGCGACCAAGGCCCGCGGCCAGAUAGACAUGGCGCUAGCCAGCGGCAAGCCCUUCAUGUUGUACGUGGCGCCUACCGCGCCGCACCGCUCCAGCACCGACGGCGCCACCUGGUAUCCGCCCACGCCGCCCAAGCGAUACGCCAACCUGUACCAAGGCGAAAACCUCCAGGCCCCGCGCACGCCAAACUUCGGCGUGCGCAACCCGACCCUGCCUCGCAAGGGCACCCCGCGCGUGGACGCGGCGUUUGGAGCCUACAUGGAUGAACUGUUCGUGGCGCGGCUGCGGGCGCUGCGGGCCGUGGACGACCUGGUCGGCAACCUGGUGGCUCGGCUGAACGAGUCCGGCGUGCUCAACAACACCUACGUCAUCUUCACGUCCGACAACGGAUACCACCUGGGCGCGUUUGCGCUGAUGGACGGAAAGAACCUGCCCAUCGAAGAAGACAUCCGCCUGCCGCUGUUCAUACGGGGCCCAGGCAUACCCGCCGGCAAGGUCGUGCCGUACCAGAUGAACAUGGUGGAUGUGGCGCCCACACUGCUGGCCCUGGCGGGCCUGGCGCUGCCUGGCCACCUGGAUGGACUGCCCAUGCCGCUCAACCCCCAGCUAGCGGCGGCACACACGCAAGUGCUGCUGGCAUCCAAUGGCUUGACAGACGCCCCAUCCCGGCCCCCAACUCCACCGGUCCCCGCGCCCGCACCUGCACCGUCCCCAGCCGCCACCACUCCCCUACCCCCGCCCCACACCGGCAGUGCAACCCACCUGCCGCCUCCACCUGCGCCUACCCCUGGUGCCGCACCACCACGCCCGGGCCCCGGCCCCAGCCCCAGCCCAAUGCCCACGCCUCCUCAUGCGCCUGCCAGCGGCGGCAGCAGCCCCGCACAGUCCGCUAACGCCACAAGCAACCACAUCACCACCCCUGCCCAGCCGCCGCCGUCGCCGCCGCAGCCAACCCCGUCGCCGGCAGCCCUCACGCCGCCCCCCAUGCCCGUGCAGCAGUCCCCUGCUGCCGUCCCCACUCGGCCCGCCACCUCUCCCUCACCUCCCCAGCCGGCAGUGGCACAGCCACCUCUGCCACUGGCGUCCUUGUCCCCGCCCCUGGCGCAGCUGCCACCGACAUCGGCGCUGCCGCCAGUGCCACGGCCGCCGUCGCCGCAGCCGCAGCCCACGCCAGCGCCGCCGCAGCCAACCGUGACUGCGCCCCGGCCGCCGCAGCCGCCGCCGCUCGCCCCGAUCAACGGCACCGGUAUCGGGGGUGGAGGCGGUGACGGUGACGGUGGUGGCCCCGUGAUGUCGCCGCCAUCGGCCGGGCCUGCCGUCCCCGCGCCUCGGUCUGCCGCUCCGCCUCCACUUCCACAGACCUCCACUAUGCCUCCGGUGCAGCAGCCAUCACCGCCGCCGCUACUAACCCCAGCGCCGGGCCCUGAUGGCAACACCAGCAGCACAGACAGCAGGGCUCCAUCGCCGCCUGUGCCCCGGCCCGCGUCUCCUCCGCCGCUGCCACCACUGCCGCUUCCUUCUGGCACUUCGCAACGCCAGCCAGCACACCAGUUCCACCUUCACCAGCUGCAGCACCAGCACCAGCACCCGCACCAGCACCCGCACCAGCACCCGCACCAGCACCCGCACCAGCACCCGCACCAGCAGUGGACGCAGCCCCCGGCUCUGCUAGCCCCUUCGCCGGCGGCGAUGCCCUCCAGCCCAACCCCGGUGCCGGUCUGGCCAGCACCAGUAGCAGCCCCGCCGCUGCCGCCGCCUUCCAACCAGCAGCCGCCGCAGCAAGCCCCGCCCUCUCCUCCAUCGCCACCGCGGCCGCCUCGGCCUCCGCCCCCGCCCCCGAUGCCGCAAUCCUCUCCGCCCCUUGCACAACCACCAUCUCCAACACGGCCGGUCCUUCCCAGCCCUGCAGUCGGCACAGCGCCACCGCCGCCGUCGCCAGCAGUCUCCACAUCGACCCCUUCCAGCAGCGCUGCCGGCCCCUCUGCUGCUGUUGGCAACGGCGCCGCCAGCCCUCCCAGUAGUCCGGGCCCCCUCAACAUCAGCACCAGCAGUAACGGCGGCGGAGACAUGGACAGCGGCCGGCAGCCCUCACAGCCAGGCGAUGGGUACAUUCCUGUCGUGUCAUCAGCAAACGGCGUGUACGGCAUGUACGGUGCAGUGUACGGUGGAGGUUACGGUGGGUACGGCGGAUACGCACCCACUGCUGUGUACGGCGGGUACGGCGCAACGGCAGCUAACGAAUCGUACACUGGCCAGCAGCAAACCGGAGUGGCACGUGCACCCGGUGCAGCGGCUGACGGCAGCAGCCGUCCGCCGCCAGCAGCACCCGCACCUGCCGUAGCACCUGACGUAGCUGCUGCUGCUGGCAAUAAUAUGACUUACGGGAAUGCCAGCAGCGGUGGCGGCAAUGGUACCCUGGCCGCGGCAAGCAGCAACAGCACGUCAGCCGCGGCGGUCAAUGCCACCAGUAGCAGCACAAAUAGCACAAGCGCUGCAGGCGGCAGCGGCGGCGGAGGCGGAGGCGGCAACAGUGGCGGCAGCCCGCCGCCGGCACCGCCGGCUGCUGUGGGGCUGCUGCGGCGUGACGCCAUGAUCCUUGAGGGUUGGAAUGGAGAUGGCACGGAAAAGACGUUCACCCUCGCAGCACACUACAAAUCGCUGCGCGUGUGCACUGCGGCCCGGCUGCUGCCACUGCCGCCCACCAACGCCCCUCGCGCUAUCAACUCUACAAACGCGACGAGCUCCAGCACCAGCACCAGCACCAGCACCGGCACCGCCAACCUGUUCUCGGCGCGCUAUGUGUUGGAUCCCGGCGUGACGUGCUACAAGUACACGGUGUGGUGCCAGGGCAACCGGGAGCUGUACGACCUGGCGGCAGACCCCUACGAGCUCAGCAACAGGAUCCAAUCGGCCCCGGUCCGAGCUGUGAACCGGCUGGACGCGGUGUUGUCGGCGCUGGUGCACUGCAGCGGCGCCUCCUGCCGCAACCCCUACAGCCUACUGCACCCGGGCGGCGGCGUGUGGGACUUUGCCGGGGCGAUGGACGCUGCGUACGACCGAAUGUAUGACCGCCUCGCGAAGCUAUCCAUCAAGAAAUGUGUGAAUGCGUACCUACCCACAAACGAGGUCACCUGGACGCAAGGUGUGGGACCGCAGCCCUUCCAGUUUGCCGCUGGUCCAUGAUCGCAGCCGGACGGUAUCGCGGUAGGCCAAUCGACGUGAUGAUCGCAAAGCAGCAACCGAUGGCAAUCACGCAACCUGUGGGCUACAAAUAAACACAUGUUCUGCAGGGUUUAUGGAGGGAUGGAUUGCGCCGUGUGAAGCUGUUCAGCUACGCCCGCUGUGUAGUAUGGUGUCGCCGGACCCGGGUAAACGGUGGGAGCAGGGGAGGCAAGAGGGGAGGGUGGUAUGCACCCCCCGCCCCGAGCCUCGGAUCCAGCCUGGAUCCGGGCAAAAGGGGGGUUCGGACCCCCCCCCACUUCCCAGGCUCGGUUUGGACCUCCCAUGCCGCCCCAUGCAGCCCGUGCCGGCCGAGUUGCAUACCCCUCUCCCCUGUGUGCCAUCGAUGUCACGUUGGCAUUGCGGUAGAGCCAUGGAUGGCCUGUGGCCGACAAUCGGGAACGCCUUUCACGCGCCCGUGCACACCUCAUUGGUUAUUCACGGUGUACUUUCUAUGGAAAACUUCAUGAAGUGCUUUAUAAUGCAAGUGUUAACAUCCGUGACGUAACCGUUUUGGGCUGAGUCCCUGGCGCUCGGCGCAGUCGUCGGGCAAGAAGCAGCCGGGUUACGUACCGUUGUUUGUGUGUGCAUGCGUGAGCGAGUGUGCGUGCGUGCGCUGGGCCUGUAGGGGGCAUGCAUUUGCAGAGUGGAGGCGGGCAGGGCCACAUCGAGGAGCAAUGCGCGGCGCCAUUCAAUCCAGGCAUACAUGGAGGCAGCGCGGCGGCGCGCAGGCUGAGGCCGGCCGCCGUGGUUGCGUGGGGCGGUAGGGGUCAACGAGGGAGCAACGCACGCACGUGGCCGCCGGUGACAGCAAAGGAGCGGGACAUGACCACGGCGGACGGCGGGUCUGCGGCCUUCGACGUUCCUGCUGUCGGUGUGGCUAGAAGCAAGAUUAGACACCGGAGGACGAAGGUGACAAGGAUUAGUGAACGGCCCCGGCGAGGGCAAGGCUACUGGGCAGCAAGCGGGUCCCACUCGCGCACGGCCCUGCGGGCCGGUCGUGUCCCCAGCCCAAAACCUUUCCUAUAGCAUCUAAUACCACAUAUUAGGUCAUUAGAGUAACCCGGGGGCAUUGAAUCGAGCCGGGGCCGACCUCGAGCAUCUAAAUGUCGCGUUCGCCAGGACACGCCAUACCAGGCCAGACAGUAGCCUAACUACACCUAUGCAUACAUUUGUGUUGACGGCAAUCGGUAAAGCCCGAAAACAACGCCUAUGUAGGAUGUUGGCUUCGGUCAAUUUCGCGACUUGAGCCUCGACGAGCACGUUUUAGCCUGCUGUCAAGCGCUAUUGCUCCAACAGAUUGCAUGUAACAUAUACAUUAA